CCCCUCCCGGUGGCGGGGCGGGGCUCGCAGGGCUCGCUGCCGCUCGGCCCGUGGCGCAGCGGCGGGUCGGGCGCCCGGUUCAUCGGCUGCGGUGCCUGGCGGUUCAUCUGAAACUGGACAAACGAAGAGAAUGGAUAUGGGUAACCAACACCCAUCCAUAAAACGGUUGCAUGAAAUACAGAAAGAAGUCAAAGAGAUUGAACAGCAAGUGGUUGUCUUCAGUGGUCUAUCUACUGAUCGGGAUUACAAGAAACUAGAAAGGAGUCUUACCAAACAGCUCUUUGAAAUAGAUUCUGUAGACACCGAAGGCAAGGGCGAUAUUCAGCAAGCCAGAAAGCGAGCUGCUCAGGAAAUAGAGAGGCUCCUUAAGGAGCUGGAACAAAAUGCAAACCAUCCACGCAGACUGGAAAUAGAGGCUAUAUUCAAGGAGGCACAGUCACUUGUGGAACGUGAGAUUACACCUUUUUACAAAGGAGGUAACUGUAUAAGUGAUGAGUUUGAAGAAGGUAUUCAGGACAUUGUACUGAGGCUUACCCAGGUGAAAACUGGAGGGAAGGUUUCUCUACGCAAAGCAAGAUACCGCACUCUGACAAAAGUAUGUGCUGUUCAGGAGAUCAUAGAAAGCGGUGUGAAGCAACAGCUGUCCCUGCCACUCUCUAAUGAUGCACAUCCUUCCGUCUCCAAAAUUAACUCUGUAAUGUGCGAUGUGAACAAAGCAAGAGGAACUCUCAUUGCACUUCUAAUGGGAGUGAGUAGUAAUGAUACCUGCAGGCAUCUGUCUUGUGUGCUUACAGGCCUUAUUGCUGAUUUGGAUGCUUUAGAUGUCUGUGGACACACAGAAAUCAGAAAUUACAGAAAGGAAGUUGUAGAAGAGAUCAAUAAACUGCAGAAAUAUCUGGACUUGGAAGAAGAAGCAGAUUCUACUCAGGCUUAUGAUUUGGCACAAAAUCAGUCCAUUCUAAAAAUAGAAGAGAUCCGGAAGAAAAUGAAAGAAAUUAAUUCUUUACUUUUAAAAACUGAGAAUGCCUCUGAUUUGUUUUUGGGAUCUAGAGCAGAAUUGCAGGGAUUAAUUGCUCGCUUGGAUGAAGUGAGUCCAGGAAAAAACCCCUGUAUUAGAGAAGCCAGGAGAAGAGCAGUAAUAGAAGUUCAAACUCUCAUAACGUAUAUUGAUCUGAAGGAAGCACUUGAAAAGAGGAAAAUGUAUUCUGAGCAAAUUGCUGCUGAACAUCAGUCUCAUAAAGCAGUUUGGAAUGUUCUUGGAAACUUGUCUCAAAUUCAGCAGGAGGUGAUUUCAUUUGAUGGAAACAGAACAGAUAAGAAUUACAUGAGAUUGGAAGAACUUCUUACAAAACAACUUCUAGCACUUGAUGCUGUUGAUCCCCAAGGUGAUGAGCGGUGCAAGACUGCCAGAAAGCAAGCGGUAAAGCUUGCACAGAAUAUUCUUUACUACCUGGACAUGAAAACAGAUGAAUGGGAAUACUGAAAUAGCCAUGGCCUGACAGAGAGGAAUGUUUUUUCCUUUGGCACUUUAUGCAGAUCAUAGGCAGCACAUAAUACAAGUGGUGUGUUCUGUGCUUGCUUGUAUCACGAAGAUUGCAUAAGCAGUUGACUUGGCUGUAUGUCUGCUAUCCCACGCAGUCACCCACUUUCCAUGGAAACUGUCAGUACACCAUCAGCAAUUCUGGUCAUUGCUAUAAGUAAAGAAAGUGUGAUUCUCUGAAGGAUUAGCUUAAUACUUGAUCAAAUGGCUUCUUUUUUUUUCCUCCUGUCUUUGUUUUAAUAACCUUGUGCAAUGGUCAGUGGAUGCAGAUUUUUCAAAGACGCAGAAACUUCCUUAGGGUAUGGUACUAGCAAAAUUAUUUACAGAAGACUGGACAUGGAAAUUAAUAUUCAAGCAUGAGGCUCCAUCCAACAACUUCACAGCAGUCUGGAUAUACUCUUAAUGUGCAAAGGGCAAAAAACCUGCUGGCUUUUGGGCUGUAGUUGAUUUAUUCCAUCCCUCACACCUUUCUGGGUGUUUAGAUUUCUCAGCUAAUGGAGCUAUAAUGCCAACUACCAAUUAACAUUUACAUAGGCAAAGCCAAUUAUGUCUUUUUUUUAAUACCUGAGCCCUUUGAUUUCUAAAACCAGGUCUUUUGUUGUUGGAAAUUGUCAAAUUUUAAGUUGCUUUAAGUUGCUGAGACUUGAAGGGGGAAAUCUGUACAUAUAUACUGACCAGAUAAACUGGAUUUAAGGGAUUUCACACUGCCAUCCAUAAAUACUGGCAACUUAUACAUUGGUAAUCUGAAAGCUGCACUGAAUUUUGUAUAGUGGCUACUUAGGUGUCUUUUUCAACUUUGUUGUUAGCUCUGGUUUGGACUUGUCUUUUCACAUUCAGUGAAAACCCAAACCACUUUAAAGUGAAUGAACAUUUUUGAAAUUAUUUUUGUAAAAUUAGGUAGCUAUAAAGAUGUCCCAAAUGAUGUAAAUGCAUGUUACAUGUUUCAUACUGGUCAGGUGUGGCUUUAAGCAUGUCUUGGAAAAGACUUAUGGCAAAUGCUUCUUCUUGCAACCCAGCACUUAAUUGUUUUAGUAACUUUGUAAAUAAGCUUGCUUAUUCUAUUGUAUGCACCUGCCUUUUCAUUUGUCGUUGCUAGUGCCAAUCAAAUUUCUACUAUAGCAUGGUUUUAGGCAUUUUUUUUGAGAGCAUGGCACUAAAAUGAAUUAAUUAUAAAGAUACAUUUAAUUAUGGAUACUUUGCACUUAGGUCUUUGAUGGUGAAUUAAUUGAUUAUAGAUGACGAUUUGCACCACUUUAAGGAGUAAAAAACAUUUUGGAUGUUAAAUAUUUUUAGAUCUAUUUUUGACUGAUUAGAAAAGACAAUACUGUCUGUGAGAGACAAGUGCCUUUAUGACACUGCUAACUUGCACUGUCAUAUGUAGAUAGAGCAACUGUUUACUAGCAGCUUGGUACAUUUGUAAUCUUUGCAAACUGGAUUUCUCACAUAAAUAUAAUUAUAGUAUAAUGUAUGUCAAUGUAACAUAAUAUGAUAGAUGACACUUGUUCUAUUGAGUCCUGAGAAU